AUGGCAGCCCUUGUGGUGGGGGGGUUUCACCCAAACUGGAUCUUUGUUGUCACAGCUUCAACCACCAGAGAACAAGUUCCUAGACAUGUGAGGUUUGUUCGAGUUGAUGGAUCCGUUCGUGUCCUUCCUGCUAAUAUCUUCCGGAGUUGCAAGUCAUUGGAAGAAGUAAUCUUCGAAGAAGGUGUUCGCACCAUUGGAGAAUCUGCUUUUGACGACUGCGAAUCGCUGACCAAUGUCAAAUUUCCCUUUAUGUUGCGAGAGAUUCCAUUCCAUGCAUUCUAUGAUUGUACGUGUUUACGCUCGAUUGAUUUGCCUCUAGGACUUGAAGUCAUUGGAGAAGGCGCUUUUGCGUGGACAAAUUUACGCCAUCUUCAACUUCCUGCUACAGUGAAAUUGUUUGGGCCCGGGGCUAUCAAAUGGUGUCUACAGUUGGAAUCCAUAAUCCUACCACCAAGGCUAGAGGUAAUCGAGAAUCAACUUUUCUUUGGGUGCGGUAAAGUGGAGGAGUUUGAUAUUCCAAGAACAAUCAAGUCAAUUGGGGGAUUCGCUUUCGGGGGUUGUCGAGCCUUGAAGAAAAUGGAAUUAUUGCACUGUACCCAAUGCUUGACGAUUGGACGCCUUGCUUUUGGCCAUGCUUUGGAGCUGUCAUGGAUAACACUUCCGCCUAAUCUCGAAGGGUCCAUCGAGCAAGGAACAUUCAGUAGCUGCUCCAAACUGACACAUGUCCGCGUGCCACCGAAAAUCACGUCGAUCGGAUGCAGAGGACAGUGCAAUCCGUUUGAAGGGUGUGCAUCCUUACUAUCACUGGAACUUCCAGAAGGAUUGGAAAAGAUCGAACUACUUGCCUUUGGAGAAGUUGAAAACUGGGUAGACGUGUUCAGAUGGCAAGCUUUGGUGAAUCUUUAUCUGCCUCCAUCAGAACAGGUGGUGUCCAAUGAAGUCUUGGAUGAAUCGAUCCCGGAAGACUUCCAGCUUGCGAAAGUGGCACAAAAUUGGGGAGAUCUUUUGACAGAGCUGCAACAUCGAUUUGAUGAUCGUCCUCUUCACAGAAUCUGCUACUUUCACAGCUACCAUCCCAUAAACGACACCCUUCAACGAAUCAGGGAUAUUCUAAUUGAAAACCCAUUCGAUCUCAUCCAAACGGAUGCCUUUGGAAUGACUCCAUUGCACAUUUUGGCUCUGGCUCAAACACCAAGACUGGAACUUUUUCAAAUGCUCUUCACUUCGGUCGAUCUAAUCAUGUCAGCAAAAGAUCGGUUUGGAUCAAUUGUACUGGACUAUCUUGGCAAGAAUCGUUCCGAGGGAGGUUUGCAGGUGACUCGAUGGUUGAUGCAGAAAAUUGUGGAACAAAGAGUUGCGCACCUUGGUCUAGAUCGCUGGAAGCAAGAGCUAUUGGUCCUGAUGGAAGGCGUCGCGAAGGCUGAUUGUCCUUUGGUCAUGAACAGUGAACUCCAAUCUCUUUUGGAUAGGCUUUCAAAGUUGGAAUUGUUCGAAGCGCUUUCGUUGGUGGAAUUGUUUCUUUGGAGAAUCAGAUUGAGCGGGAAUACAUCGGGUCGAGAAAGCACCGAUCGAGAAAGUUGUCGAGUCCAUUGUGGCAUUUCCAUUGUGGUCGAGAAUGUUUUGCCCUUCCUUGGGAAAGAAUAA